CGUUUAUAAAACAAAGUGACGAAAAUAAAACAAAAUCAGAAAAGGAAAGAAUAAGUAUUUACACAGAUUAAAUUAUUCUACAAUUGAAGAAUUUUUAAAUGGAGCAAAAAGAAUCGUGUGAGGAAUUUUCAAAUCAUUCGGAUUUGCAUCCAAAACAAAGCUCAAAUGAUGAAACGCUCAUUGAGUAUUUGAUAAAACAUCCCCUUCUGUGGAAUAAAUCACAUAUUGAAUUUCGAAAUCGUAGUUUAAAAGAGUUUAAGUGGAAAGAAAUUGCGAACAAAAUGAAUAUGGGAGCGCAUGAGGCGAUACGUCGAUAUAAAACAUUAUGUGAACGGUAUCGCAGAGAAAUGAUAAAGCAAGCAUCAAUCCCAAACUAUAAUUCAAACUGGAUUUUGUUUAAUAAGUUUGCCGUUUUGAAGGAUGUCCAGAACUCAGAAGAUCGCAAAUUUAGAAUAAAAACAGAGGAUAAAUUCGAAACCAGUGACAUGAUGAACACAAUUACUGAUUUUCAAGAGAAAGAUAAAAGCGUAUGUAAUCGCUAUCACAAACGUAAGUUACAAAAAAGUGGGAGUGUUGGAUAUGAAAAUAUUCAUGAUGGUAUCAUGCAUGGACUGCAAAAUGAUUUAAUAAUCAAACAAGAAAAUGAUGGCAGAGAUUCGUCUGAAAUGUAUGAGGAUGAAAUUCACGUUGAACCAAGUUUCAUUGGAGGUUCAGCCGAUCUUUCAACUGACACAAUUGCUGCAUUUUGUCAAUUCCUUGAAGCAAGUUUAAAACGAAUGAACACUGAUCAAAGUGACGAUUUGAUUGAGAACAUUUCAUUGAUGUUGUUUCGUAAAAAACGCGAAAAUAAAUUAUAUCAAGAUGGCAAAACAUCCGAGGAGUCCACAUUAAGCUGAAAAUGUAAUUCAUUUUAAAAAUAUUAUUUAUGAGAUGAAAUAAAAAAUUACAAUUAUUUUCUGUA